AGAGCGGAGCGCCCUUCGCCGCCCCAGGCUGGGAGGGCCAGAGCAGCUUCUUGGCAGCCCAGGAUGCAGAGCCAGGCCGGAUGGAGCGCUGCCCUGGUCCUGGCGCUCCUUCAGCCUGGCCGGGCCUUCUGGCUCCUCAACGUGCUCUUCCCGCCAAGCACCACCCCAGAAGCCGCCGGCUCCAACAGGACGCCCCCGGUGCUGCUGGUGCCCGGGUACCUCGGGAAUCAGCUGGAGGCUAAGUUGGACAAGCCAGAUGUGGUGAACUGGAUGUGUUAUCGCAAGACUGAGGAUUACUUUACCAUCUGGCUGAACCUCAACAUGUUCCUGCCUUUUGGAGUGGACUGUUGGAUCGACAACACAAGAGUGGUUUUCAAUAAAACCACCCGGAGCAUAACCAACGCCCCUGGGGUCCACAUCAGAGUUCCCGGGUUUGGCCAGACCUUUUCCGUGGAAUACCUGGAUGGUGGCAAAUUGGCAGGCUACAUGCACACCCUGGUGCAGCACCUGGUCAACAACGGCUACGUGCGUGAUCAGAGCGUGAGAGCCGCUCCCUACGACUGGAGGCUUGGCCCCACCGACCAAGAGGUUUACUAUUUGAAGCUGCGGGGCCUCAUCGAAGAGAUGUUUGAAGCCCACCAGAAGCCGGUUUUCCUGAUUGGCCACAGCCUUGGCAACCUCCACAUCCUCUACUUCCUGGUCCAGCAGCCACAGGCCUGGAAGGACCGCUUUGUUCAGGGCUUCAUUUCCCUGGGGGCCCCCUGGGGGGGAGCGGUGAAACCCAUGCGGGUCAUGGCUUCAGGUGACCAUCAGGGCAUUCCUAUUAUGUCCAGCAUUAAAUUGCGUGAAGAGAAGCGAAUCUCCACCAACAGUCCCUGGUUAUUCCCCACCCACACAGCCUGGCCGGAGACACACAUCUUCAUCUCUACCCCCUUCUACAAUUACACCUACCGGGACUACCAGCGGUUCUUCAAUGAUAUCAACUUUGAAGACGGCUGGUUCAUGUGGAAUGACAGCAAGGAGCUUCUGGCAGGGCUGCCACCUCCCGGCGUGGAGGUCUAUUGCCUGUUUGGCACUGGGCACCCCACUCCAGAGACCUACAUUUACAACGACCAGUUUCCCUACGAGGACCCGGUGGAGAUUAUCUAUGGGGACGGGGAUGACAUGAUUAGCUGGCGCAGCAUAGAGCUGUGUAAGGAGUGGCGCAAGCAGCAGCAUCAGAAGGUCCAUGUCCUGGAGCUGCCUGGAGCUGAGCAUCUCAACAUGAUCUUUGACAACCGUACCCUACAAUACAUCAGUGAAAUCCUGUUUGGGAACCUGGAUAAUGUGACUGCUACACAAGACCUGGGGGGAAGAGUCCUCUGAAUCCCCAUGGAAAUGGAAACCUUCCCCACGCAGAAAAUGGCUGCUGUUUCUUCUGCUAGUGUGGGGAAGGAACAUGAAUACACAUAUGGCUGCAGUACUGAAGCUUUCUCUGCGCUGGAGAG